AUGCACAUUUUAGAAUUUGAUAAUGGAAGCAAAACUAUUAUGAGUGAUAUGAAGAAAAAAAUGUUGUGUAAUAGUCCAAUUAAGACAUGGUACAGCAGAGUCUGCAUCCAGCUUGUUCUUAGUUCUUGGGUGGCUGGAUUUCUCAUCAUCUUUCCACCUAUCAUCAUGGGGCUUCAGCUGGAUUUCUGUGCCUCCAACAUCAUUGACCACUUCAGCUGUGACUCUUCUCCUCUACUAAUGCUUUCCUGCUCAGACACAACAUUCCUAGAACUCAUGGCAUUUUUCCUGGCAGUGUUCACUCUCAUGGUCACCUUGACCUUAGUGAUUCUUUCCUAUGCAUUAAUUCUUAGGACAAUCCUGAGAAUCCCUUCUGCUGAGCAAAGGAAAAAGGCCUUUUCCACUUGCUCCUCACACCUGAUUGUUGUCUCUAUUUCUUAUGGAAGCUGCAUUUUCAUGUAUGUCAAAACAUCAGCUAAAGAAGGAAUGGCUUUCACCAAGGGCAUAGCAGUGCUCAACACGUCUGUGGCCCCAAUGCUAAAUCCUUUUAUUUACUCCCUGAGGAACCAACAGGUAAAACAGUCCUUUAAGAACAUGGUGAAAAAAUAUUUCUCAAAUAAAAUUUAA